AACAACCUCAAUUGCCCUCGACGGCAACCCUAACCCCAACCCUUCUACAACGCGCUCCGCGUCUCAUUGCGACAUCAUUCAUCGAGUUCUUCCCGUUAGCAAGAAAUCUUGACAGUUCAGCAGACGUUGAACCCAUGUCAGGGCGCGGGAGAGCACGUCCUCCGUCGCGCUCAGCGCAAGAACCCGCCGCGGGCGCGAGCCGCCGCUCGACGCGGCAGCAGCAGCAACAACAUCAAACCGCGGCGCCAGCCGGAGAGGUACAGCCGCCUCCCUCAUCAGCAGAGGAAGAGCAUCAGGAACAGCAACUGCCGCGGGAACAAGAGGAGCGUUCGGAGCAGGAACAGCAACCGAACCUGCAACCCGAGGCUCCGAUGUCCGCGCCGGUGUAUCAUCAGGACAUCGACCCCGCCAUCACGGGCUCCCAGGAUGCGGCCAUGCCUCCACCCCCUCCUCCUGCCUCGAGUGCUAAGGGCCCGCGUGGGCAGACCGAGGUGGUGGUGGUUCCACGCCGGGGAACGCGUCGCGGUGCGUCCAGCAUCGUGAGCAUCAACAGCCAUCCGGUGACGGACGCGUUUUCGUCCCAGCCCGAAUCUCAGAAUGUGCCCUCACAGAGGGCGGCUCCUGGCCGUGCCUUCGGUACACCUGGGCCUGCGCCCUCUGUGGUGUCGUCAGCCGUCGAGGACACGCCCAGCCGCAGAGCGGCCAGGGAACAGGUCAUGAGAGCCAUGUUGUCACGCCUGUUUAUUGCCGCUGAUGACUACUUCAACCACACUCGCAGCGACCAGACGGACCUCGAGAUGUGGGAGCUGGAGCAGGAUGCUUACAAGGAUGUUUUUGACGCGCACCGCCGGUACUACGUGGUCGAUGACACCGUCCCUUUCGUGGACUUCGCCUUCGUCGCCGACACGAUGCGGCUCGACAAGAAGUCCACCCUGUGGCACAAGGCCUUCAAGGUCGUCUCGGCGGCGAACCUCGCCAUUCUGCUCGACGAGCUUACCCUCGUCAAGCAGGAAGACCUUCUGCCGCGGCUGCAGGCGUGGCAUUCUGCAUUUCCUGGCUUCUUCAUCGCCGAAGGCUCGGACAACACUGCCCACGCCAGGAGCGAGCAGGUCAUCGAGCAAGCCUUGCUAAUCCGGAUGCAGCUUUCCAUCGCCACGCUCGAGAUCUUGAAGAAGGAUAGCCGCGUGCCGUUUAACCCCCUCGAGGAAGUCGCCAAGAUCUGGUGCGAUGGAGAUGUCUCUCUCGAAGCGAUCGAAGCUUUCCUCGGGAACAAUGAUGACGCUAUCCAGCUGAAGCCCAUCGCACCGACCGAUUUUGAGGCGGCAGCGUUGGACAGGGACCGAAAUGCUAAUCGCUUUAGGUCGCUCUGCGUCCUGCUUCCGAAGCAUCCGGUCGGGGGCCACGACCUCGACCUGACCCAGCUCCAGGACACAUAUCCGCUCAAGGACUUCCUGGACACUCUGCGAGGCUUUGUCGAAGCUUGCUUCGGAAACAUCAAGGCAUCGCUUCAGCAUGAUUUUGCGCCUUCCGAUCCCACGUCGAGGACCGAAUCGCAGAUUCGAUAUCAACUCGAGGCCGACGCAAUGGGUCAGGGAUUUGACCGGUCCGAGUCCGGCAGUCAAAUGGGAGCUUUCGACAUCUCCAACCUGCGUGUGCUUAAGCAGCUAGAACAGCAAGGGACUCCAGGGUUUGGCGACGGCCAGCAGCUGUCCCAGGGUUCCUAUCCCCCAGCACCGCGGAUCCCCUACCCGCCAGGCUUCAGCAGCCCUUCGCCUGCUCUGGGGUACGGCGAACCCGAACAGCAGGCCGGGUUCCAGCCGAACGGCUCCAUCUACGCCGAGUCGGCAGCCCAGGUCUUGGGCAGGAAGAGGGGAGCCCAGGACGACUUAUCCAUGGCCGGUCAGCCCCCGGCGCCGCCGGCAAAGAGGACGCGGACGAGGCGGAAGAAGAAGGAUGUGCCGGAAGCCACAAUGAAUCCCCCUUCAACAGCCAUCUCGGGAACCGCGCCGCUUGCCCCUCCUGCUGGCCAAUCACAGUAUCCGCCGGUUCCCGGGACGCAGGACGAGCCAGACUUUGAGGCCCUCUCGCAGCGAACGAGGGAGAUCUCGGCCGCGGCUCGUAAGGUCAAGGAGCCGCAGGUCCGCUCGUCCUGGGUGUCCAAGGACGUGAAGCUGCUCGUCAAGGCGGUCAGUACCUACCAGUGCAAGUGGAGCACCAUCGAGAAGGAGAUCAAGGCGGGCACCAUCCCCUUUGAGCGCCCGCGUGACCAGCAAGCUCUGCGUGACAAGGCACGACUGUUGAAGCAAGACUUCUUGAAAGCCGACAUGGUCCUUCCGAGAGGCUUCGACCUGGUCGUCUUGGGCAAGAAGGAGAAGGAGGCCGUCAAGGCCGUGGGCAGGAACCCUGACCGCAAAGAAGCGGACGUGGACGAGAAUGGGCAGCCCAUCAAUACCUUGUAUGUUGGCGACGAUGCUGCGCCGACAGCCAUUCCCGCUCCUGUGCAUCCAGUCAAUCCCCAGCCUGAGCAGCAGCUGCAACAGCUGCAGCACCAGCCAGAACCCCAACCGCAACAACAGCAACAGCAACAGCAGCAGCAGCAGCAGCAGCAGCAGCAGCAGCAGCAGCACGCAGAGCAGGCGGCCGAGCCGCAGCCGGCGGCACCGGAGCAGGUUGCCGCGUGAGUGGCGGGAGGCCGCGCCCGAGCGUGGAAAGAUUUCAUGAAGCGCUUGCGGACAUUCCGCACUUCGCUCUACGGUCUAGUGGCCUGUUCUUACAUGUUGUGACUAUAUUACCUAUAUCUUGAAGACCGAUUAACGGACAUGAUCACAAGGUCUGAGACCCGAGAGGUAGUGGUUCCGAAGGACUGGUGGGCUUUCAUCGAGGAAGAAUAUGAGAAACUCGUGAAGGGCAGGCUUCGGUUUUGUGUUGUUUGCUCGUCGGCGUUACUACUGUGGCUCUAUCGCUAUGUAUAGUUAUUUGGAACGGUACUCGGUAAUCAGAACUAAAAAGGUUCGGCGGGCGGGAUUCAUGUGACUUCUCAGGUGACCCGCUCCCUGCUUGAAUUAUCG